AUGUCAAGACAAUCAUCUAUAACUACUACAAAUUUAUCACCAUUUCAAGGGAAAAUUCAACAUGAUUAUGGAAUUUAUGUUUUUAAUGAAUCUUCAAUGGAAAAAAGAUUACCACCAUCAACAUUUAAAACAAUUAAAAAAUUAUUAAUUAAUGGUGGUUCAUUAACAGAAUCAGAAGCAGAUGUUGUUGCAUUUGGAAUGAAAGAAUGGGCAGAAGAACUUGGAGCUGUUUGUUUUGCACAUUGGUUUCAACCAUUAACUUCAAAAUCAGCAAAAAAAUUUGAUUGUUUUUUGAAUAUUAAAAAUAGAAUUUCUUCACAUGCAUCUCAUUUAAUGUCAGAAUUUAGUGGUAAACAAUUAAUUAAAGGAGAACCUGAUGGUUCUUCUUUCCCUAAUGGUGGAUUAAGACAAACAUAUCAAGCAAGAGGAUAUACUGCUUGGGAUUAUACAUCUCCAGUAUUUGUUGUAAAAGAUCAAUUAGGAGGAUGUUUAUAUAUUCCAGCAGUAUUUUGUUCUAUCUUUGGAUUAUCACUUGAUGCAAAAACUCCAUUAUUAAGAAGUGAACGUGCAUUAAGUUCUUCAGUUGAAAAAUCAUUAAAAUAUUUAGGAGGAAGUAAAGGUCCUAUUAAAUGUACUAUUGGAUUAGAACAAGAAAUGUUUAUAAUUGAUAGAGAUAUAUAUCAACAUCGACCUGAUUUAAUUACAUGUGGAAGAACUCUUAUUGGUAAAAGACCAUCAAGAACACAACAAAUGAAAGAUCAUUAUUGGGGAAUAAUGCCACAAAGAAUACUUAAUUGUUUAGAUGAUAUUAGAGAUGAAAUGUGGAAAUUAGGUGUUCCUGUAUGUACUAUUCAUAAUGAAGUAGCACCAGCUCAAUAUGAAAUUGCACCAAUAUUUGAACAAGCUGGAAUAGCUUGUGAUCAUAAUAUUCUUUUAAUGGAAGAAACACAAAGAAUAGCUAAAAGACAUAAUCUAGAAGUAAUUUUUCAUGAAAAACCAUUUUUAGAUGUUAAUGGUUCUGGUAAACAUGUUAAUUGGAGUAUUUUUUCUGGAGAUGAAGGAUUAUUAAUUCCUGGUGAAACAGAAGAUCAAAGAAGAAGAUUUUGUUUUUUUCUUGCUGCUGUUAUUCAAGGAGUUGAUAAUCAUGCUGAUGUUUUAAGAGCAUCUGUAUUAACUGCUGGUAAUACACAUCGUUUAGGAGGUUUUGAAGCACCUCCAGGAAUUAUUAGUAUCUUUUUAGGUGAUGUAAUACAAACAUUAAUUGAUUCUAUUACUAAUAAUACUAAUGAAACUAUUGAAAAAAAGACUUUAAUUGAUUUUCAUCUUGAGAUGCUUCCUAAAAUAACAAGAGACCAAAGUGAUAGAAAUAGAACUUCUCCAUUUGCAUUUAUUGGAAAUAGAUUCGAAUUUAGAGCUGUUGGUUCUGAACAAAAUGCUGCUUGGCCUAUUACAGUAUUAAACACAAUUGUUGCUGAAUCUAUUGAAUAUAUGGUAAAUCAAAUAGAAAAGAAGAUUCUUGAUGGAAAAAUUGAAAAAAAUGCAGUUGAUGAAGUUAUUAAAGAAACAAUAAUUCUCCACAAAAAGAUUGUUUAUAAUGAAGAUUGUUAUGAUAAUAAGUAUAGAAAAAUAAUGGAAAAUAAUGGAAUUAUUGAAAUAAAAUCUAUGGAUAUGGCAUUAGACGCAUUAUCUAAAAGUAAAGAAAUGUUUAAAAAUACUACUGUACUAAGUGAAGAAGAAGUUAAUGCAAGAGUCAGUAUAUUAGGUGAAGCAUAUGUAACAACUUCUUUAAUUGAUAUCAACCAAUUAUUAGAUAUGGUAGAUCGUGAAAUUAUUCCUACUGUUAUGGACGUAUUAGCUAAUGAAAAAAAACAAGCUCAGAUUAUUGCCUCAUCAUUUAUUAAUAAGAGAAUUGAAAAUAUGUUGGAAUGCUUUAAUAAAAUGCUCUUCUUUGUUGAUCUCUUAAAAGAAAAAAGAGAUAAAAUCAUAAAUUCAUCAUGUAUUGUUGAGGCAAAUGAAGCAAUGAAUACUAUCAAUGAUGUAAGAUUUUAUAUCGAUAAACUUGAAGGCUUAAUUCCACAGAAACAAUGGCCUUAUCCAUCUUAUGAAACUUUAUGGAAUACUCAUUGUUAA